GACCUCAGUUCUGCUGGGGAACAAACCGAAGAGACACCGAAUUGUAAUGAAGAUGAGCAGACAUUUAAUGAAUUAAACAAUGAAGAUCCUGCUGGUUGGACUGUGUUUGGGAAUCUGCGCUACAACCUGCCUUGCACAGAUUGCUAAAACCUGCAAUGAUUGUAACGUCACCAGAGUGAUUUGCGAUGAACGACCGGGAUACGUUUCUUGCUCCUGUAAAGAUGGAUAUAUUGGAAAUGGUCUGAACUGCACUAGAAUUCUGUCCUGCAAAGAUUCCCAAUGCUGUUCCAAAGGAUACACCUGGGACAAGGAAAAGAAGACUUGCGUUGAUAUCGAUGAAUGUGCAGAUGCCUCACUUAACAAGUGCUCUCCUCCAGCCACCUGCAUCAAUAAGAAAGGGAUUUUCCUAUGUUUAAACAAAAGGGAUUCUCUCUGUCCAUCCGAUGUCUGUCCAAAUGACCUGGACUGUCUGACUGUUAAUGGAAACAUUCAGUGUGCUGAUCCUUGUGAAAACUAUCAGGAGCUGGAUGGAGAAACCAGAUUGUCCACCAUCCAGUCCACCGGCAGGUUCCGUAACGACCGAUACAACAUUGGCUGGUUCCGAUUCACUGGUCGUGCUGGUUUAAGCCUCAUAGAGGGAUGUGUUGGCCCCCUUAAGUGUGGCUCCCUUGAGCCCUUUAGUCUUGAUGGCCCACAUCCUGCUAUGGGAGAGGGAGUUAAGAUGGUGCCUCUUAUCAUUAACGCAAUGAUUGGCUGCCUACCUGGAUCCUCCAUUCCUGUCAAAGCUUGUCCUGGGAGGUUCUAUGUCUACAAACUCACCGGGUCCAUAAAGCUUGAUGUCUACUGCACAGAUCCGGUAAUCAAAAUGCCUUCAACCACCACAACCAUUCCACCAACAACAGUGACAACUACAGUGCCAUCCUCAAUCACAACUGUUUCUGCCAACACUAUGCCAACUACAGACAAGGCCAUUGCCACUACAACUAUACCAACUACAGCCAAAGUUGUUUCCACAACAACAGUGCCAGCCACAACAAAAAACACUGUUACCCCAACAGCUCCAGCCACAACAAAAAACACUGUUACCCCAGCAGCUCCAGCUACAACUACAAUUGUUCCAGACAUACAAGAAGUAGCCACAACUGUUCUACCUACUACCACAAGUGCCGUGGAUACUACCACAACUGUUCUACCUCCUACCACAAGUGUCGUGGAUACUGCCACAACUGUUCUACCUACUACCACAAGUGCCGUGGAUACUACCACAACUGUUCUACCUACAACCCCAAGUAUUGUGGAUACUACCACAACUGGUCUACCUACUUCCACAAGUGCCGUGGAUACUACCACAACAGUCCUACCUUCUACCACAAGUGCCACAGAUACUAGCCCAACUGUUCUACCUACAACUACAAAUGUCCCUGAUGCUACUCCAACUAAUCUACCUACAACCACAAGUGUCCCUGAUGUAAGUCCAUCUGUUCUACCCAUAACUACAAGUGUCACUGAUGCUACUUCAACUGUUCUACCUACAACCAUAAGUAUCAUGGGAACAAGUGUCAGUGAUGCAAUCAUUAAUGUUCUUGAUAUAACCAUAAGUGAACCCAAAAAUGUCUCUUCUGUAACUACAACUGUUCAAUAUGCAAACACUAGCAUGCCUGUUAACACUGCAGCUGUUCUGGAAACUAACCCAACUGACCAGGCGGUAACUUCAAGUGUAAUAGUAGCAUUGGAUGAAUCUGAGAUCACAGCCCUGUCUAAUAAUGCUGUUGAAAAUUUAGCAAAAAUGCCUACUGAUCUUCCUAUCAUUCUGACAGACACCAAGUCUACAAGCAGUGAAGGUUCUGGUGAAGGGUCAGGUGAUGAAGAUUUUUUAAGUUUUAUAAACACUGUAGAGGUUGAAUCUGAGAUCGCAGUCCUGUCUGAUAAUACCAGUGAAAAUGUAUCAAAAGAGCCAACUCUUCUUCCAAUCAUGCCGACAGUCACCAAGUCCACAAGCAGUGAAGGGUCUGGUGAAGGGUCAGGUGAUGAAGAUUUUUUACGUUUUAUAAACACUGUAGCGGAUGAAUCUGAGAUUACAGUCCUGUCUGAUACCAGUGUAAAUUUAUCAAACGAACCAACUGAUCUUCCAAUAGUUCGAACAGACACGAAGUCUACAAGCGUUGAAGGGUCUGGUGAAGGGUCAGGUGAUGAAGAUAUUUUACAUUUUAUAAACACUGUAGCGGAUGAAUCUGAGAUUACAGUCCUGUCUGAUACCAUUGUAAAUUUAUCAAAAGAACCAACUGUUCUUCCAAUCAUGCUGACAUCCACCAAGUCCACAAGCAGUGAAGGGUCUGGUGAAGGGUCAGGUGAUGAAGAUUUUUUACGUUUUAUAAACACUGUAGCGGAUGAAUCUGAGAUUACAGUCCUGUCUGAUACCAUUGUAAAUUUAUCAAAAGAACCAACUGUUCUUCCAAUCAUGCCGACAGACACCAAGUCCACAAGCAGUGAAGGGUCUGGUGAAGGGUCAGGUGAUGAAGAUUUUUUACGUUUUAUAAACACUGUAGCGGAUGAAUCUGAGAUUACAGUCCUGUCUGAUACCAGUGUAAAUUUAUCCAAAGAACCAACUGUUCUUCCAAUCAUGACGACAGACACCAAGUCCACAAGCAGUGAAGGGUCUGGUGAUGAAGAUUUUUUACGUUUUAUAAACACUGUAGCGGAUGAAUCUGAGAUUACAGUCCUGUCUGAUACCAUUGUAAAUUUAUCAAAAGAACCAACUGUUCUUCCAAUCAUGCCGACAGACACCAAGUCCACAAGCAGUGAAGGGUCUGGUGAAGGGUCAGGUGAUGAAGAUUUUUUACGUUUUAUAAACACUGUAGUGGAUGAAUCUGAGAUUACAGUCCUGUCUGAUACCAUUGUAAAUUUAUCCAAAGAACCAACUGUUCUUCCAAUCAUGCCGACAGACACCAAGUCCACAAGCAGUGAAGAGUCUGGUGAAGGGUCAGGUGAUGAAGAUUUUUUACGUUUUAUAAACACUGUAGCGGAUGAAUCUGAGAUUACAGUCCUGUCUGAUACCAGUGUAAAUUUAUCAAAAGAACCAACUGUUCUUCCAAUCAUGCCGACAGACACCAAGUCCACAAGCAGUGAAGAGUCUGGUGAAGGGUCAGGUGAUGAAGAUUUUUUACGUUUUAUAAACACUGUAGCGGAUGAAUCUGAGAUUACAGUCCUGUCUGAUACCAGUGUAAAUUUAUCCAAAGAACCAACUGUUCUUACAAUCAUGCCGACAUCCACCAAGUCCACAAGCAGUGAAGGGUCUGGUGAAGGGUCAGGUGAUGAAGAUUUUUUACGUUUUAUAAACACUGUAGCGGAUGAAUCUGAGAUUACAGUCCUGUCUGAUACCAUUGUAAAUUUAUCAAAAGAACCAACUGUUCUUACAAUCAUGCCGACAUCCACCAAGUCCACAAGCAGUGAAGGGUCUGGUGAAGGGUUAGGUGAUGAAGAUUUUUUACGUUUUAUAAACACUGUAGAAGAUGAAUCUGAGAUUACAGUCCUGUCUGAUACCAUUGUAAAUUCAUCAAAAGAACCAACUGUUCUUCCAAUGAUGCCAACAGACACCAAGUCCACAAGCAGUGAAGAGUCUGGUGAAGGGUCAGACAACAAGUCCACAAGCAGUGAAGGGUCUGGUAAUGAAGACAAUACAUUUAUACAUCUUUUACAAAGUGAAUUUGAUAUCCAUAAUAUCUCACCCGACGAGCCUGAUAGCACCAUUGAAAGCUUUGCACAAGAAGCAACUGAUCAUACAAGCAAUCCAGCAGAUGUAAACUCUACAAGCAGUGAAAGAUUGGGCGAUGAUAAUUUUUUAUGUUUUAUAAGCAUGAAUGACGCCUACAGUAAUAUAGCAUCAGACGAAUCGGAUGUUACCAUCCUGGCUGAUAAAGUCACUGAAAUGUUAUCAAAAGCAUCAACUGAUCUUCCACUCAUUCCUGCAGCUGUAACUGGGUCAGUUGCUGAGGAUGAUUCAUUUUUAGCUGAAUUAAACACUAAUCAUACUAUUACAUAG